UAGGCGCCGUUUGGUGAUGACGUUGUCUUCCUUCCUUCCAAACUCCUGUCCUUGAGAUUCAAUGAUGUCCAGCACCAACAAACUUCUGGACGAACUUGUUCAGAAGCACACUUCCAAGCUCUCCUAUCAAUUUCCGCAAUCCUUCGCUUCUCUUCUGAACACCAACGAGCUACCCAAGGUUGCUGACGCCGACGUUUUAGCUGGCCUAUCCAAAAACGUGUCUGAUGCUCUUCAGUCGGUGACAUCUGACAUUGAAUGUCUCCUCAACACCUAUUUCCAACUGCAAACUAUCCAUCACCACCUCCUACAGGUUGACACCGACUGCAAAAAGGCGAUGCCUCCCCCCGUCGCCCGCCUUCCGACGGAAAUGUUGAUGGAGAUUUUCCGAGUCAGCCAUGCUGUGUGUGAUUCUGAUGACGUCCUCAAUCUCAGCUGGAGUCCGCACGUUAUCAGCCAUGUAUGUCACCUAUGGAGGUCCAUCGCGAUAGAGAAGUGCCCGGAGAUUUGGGCGGAUUUCGGGCUCGAGCGAAACCGGUGGGAUUUUGUGAAAGAUCCCGUGGCUCUGCUUUCCUUGGCGCUUUCCCGCUCUGGUAAUAGGCCAUUGAAGUUUUUAGUUGACGGGGUCGGUGGAAACGACUGCCGGUUAGUAGGUGUGCUGUCGAGUGAGACAAAGCUACAUUGGACGGCACAUGAGAACAGGGAUGAUGGUGUCACUGAAGAGAUCCUGCAGGUUUUGGUCGAACACUGUCACCGUUGGAAGGAUGUUUAUUUUGACAUCCCGCUUCGUCUCUUCCACCUGCUAUGCCCUAUUCGCGGACGGUUACAAGCUCUCGUCGCUUUUUCAUACAAUGAAACCUCCGAUAUCAAUCCAUCGGCACCUAUUUCUGUUGAAUCCGACAUUCUGGACGGCGCACCUGUUCUCGAAACCAUAACGGUAUCAUAUUUUCCUAACAUCGGGAGCCCGAUGGUCAUCUUCAUUCCACGGAUGUGCCCAAAGUUGAAUUCAUUCACGGACAAUCGGAGAUGGUGAGACGAGGAGCUUUACCAGCAUUUUCUCAAUAUCGUUCGAGACUUUCCCGAUCUCCGCAACUUUACUGUCCUUACGGGUUCCUUCCGAAUCGCUGAUCCUCGCAUCGUCAAUCAAUCGAUCACACAACUCACCGCGAGCAACGGAUCCUUUCUUCGCAGUAUCACUUUACCCCAAUUGAAAGACGUGGACUUGAAAAGUCCUGGUUCUGGUUCCCAAGCAGAUAUUCAUGACACCAUUUCGUCAUUGUAUGACCUUGUUGUCCAUUCCGCAUGCUCCCUGACA